AUUUCCGCUCUUAGUUCUGCGCACUAACGCACUUACCGGCUGCUCUACGCAUUUGUGUUGUUAGAGCUGCAAUGGGGAAAAAAUCUCGGGCGGCUUCGGGCCGGAGGCCAAUUUUGCAGCUUUCUCCUCCGGGUCCCCGUGGUCCCUCGACAGCUUGGGAGGAGAACGUAGGAUCAGGAUCAGAAGAUGAUCAAGAAGGCAGUGGUGAUGCAUCAGCUGCACCUUCAUACAUCUCCAAGGAGAUAGAAGUUGAACCAGUGGCACCAGCAGUGAAAGCUACAGUAGGCCUUUCUUUGCUUGGAGCAUAUGCUGAAAGCGAUGAGGAGGAGGGUGCUGAAAUCCAGCCUGAAAAGCCUAAGCACAACCAAUCUGGUGAUAUUGACAGCACACUUGCCAGUUUCUUAGCUGAGAUUGAUGCAAUUACAACACAGCCUGCCCAGCCACCAGGUGAGCCUGCGACAGCUUCGUGGGCUCCUCCUCCCACACCACCUCGUCCGGAGCCAAAAGACCAGCAGCAUCCACCUAACCACGCAACUUUUCAGAAUGGAGAGGUGUCUGCUGUGGCUGGAAUUGAGUUUCAGUAUGAUACCCAAUAUUCUUUGGCAGGCGUUGGUAUCGAAAUGGGUGACUGGCAGGAGGUAUGGGAUGAGAACACUGGCUGUCACUAUUACUGGAAUACACAAACCAAUGAAGUGACCUGGCAGCUUCCACAAGAUCUGGCUAACCAAGUCCAGGGCAUUCAACAGUAUCACAACAGCUCUUUGGCUACUGUUAAUGGCACUGGAGCCCACAGUAAUGGCCUUUACCAAGAACAGAAUGCCGUGGGGGUGGCCAGUGCACAGACUACCAAGAGAGAGAGUAAAAAACAGGAAGUGAUGGAAUCUGUUCAGGCUCUUACCAGUGAGGAAGAAGAGCGUCAGGGUGUUGCUGCAUCUCUUUUGGCUCCCCUCAUUCCCCCGGAAAUAAAAGAAUCGGAAGAAAGGUGGAGAAAGAGAGCUCUAGGCUUAGAGGUGGAUCCAGAAGAAGAAGAGGUGGAUUCCAAGGGAGAUGGCCACAUUCAUGGGGAUGUGGAUGCGGAUGCAAACUCGCAAAGUGGAGAAAGCUCAGAUGCUGAAAUGAGAAAUAAUGAAGAAGAAGAAACUGAGGAAGAUACACGGGAUCUGGAACUGGCCUUAGAAAGGAAAAAGGCUGAACUGCGUGCAUUGGAAGAAGGAGAUGGUAGCUUAAUGAGCUCCAGCCCUCGUUCAGAUGCAAGUCAGGAGGGCAGUAAGAGUUCCUUACUUCGGAAAGGAAAGUGGAAGACCACUUUUGUUCGUUCUGCUAGCCCUGACUCAAAUAGCAGAAGUUCAGACAAAAAUGGAAGGGACUCUCCAGACAUUGGAGAUGCAACAGCAGCUACAGGUGUCUCAAAGACAAAUGAGAAGACACUGGAAGAAGAGCAACAAGUAAAUUCAGAGGUCUUUCAGGACAAAGCAAAAGCCAGACCUGCUGUAAAAGAAGAGGAGGAUGAUGAAGAUGUAAAACUGAAGUUUCAGAUUGGAGAACUUGCAAAUACAUUGACCAGCAAAAUGGACUUUUUAGGAAUUAAUAAAAAGACCAUUUCCAACUUUCAGCUACUGCUCCUGCAGAUUGAGACCAGAAUUGCGGAUUGGCGAGACGGAGCACUGAAUGGAAUUUAUCUUAAGCGCAAGCUACAAGAAGCAGCCGAACAAAUAAAACACUAUGAAAUAAACGCCACUCCCAAAGGCUGGUCCUGCCACUGGGACAGGGACCACAGGCGUUAUUUCUAUGUAAACGAUGUGACCAGUGCAUCACAGUGGGAGUUUCCUGAUGUGGAGGAGGAAGAAGAGGCAGAAGGAAAAGACACCAGUGCUGAACAGAAUGUCAAGAAUGAGGAUGAUGGCCAUGUAUCACCUGAGCCCAAAGUCCUUUUAACAGACAACAGCAACUAUCUAUGCCUUCCAGCUGUGACCCCUAGUCUACCUGUGCAGACGUAUUGGACUGUACCUCAGCCUCCACUACCACCUGCUUGUGACCCCCUCCACCGCCUCCACCCCCACCCGAGUCCCUCCACCACCCCCACCCCCACCAAUAGGUGAUGACACAGAGAUUGAAGAGGUAGAA